AUGCAUAUCAGAAUAAUGCUUGGCCUUGUAAUAACAUUUCUGCACUUGGCAUCUCCUUUCACAAAAGGAGUUGGUGCCCAAAACAUUAUAAGCUGUAUCGAAACCGAGAGGCAAGCACUUCUGGCUUUCAAGCAAAGCAUUAUGGAAGACAAUGGCAUGCUGUCUUCUUGGGGAAGUCAUAAAGAGUGCUGCAAAUGGUGGGGUGUUCGCUGUAACAACGCCACGGGCCAUGUUAUCAGUCUCGAUCUCCAUGGCAAUUCGAGUACCCAUCAGUACCUGAGUGCUCCCAAGGUUAGUUCAUCUCUGCUUCAACUCGAGCAUUUGAGUUAUUUGGACCUAAGUUACAAUGAAUUCCAAUGGAGUUCAAUCCCAGAAUUCAUUGGGUCCUUCCAAAGAUUAAGAGUUUUGAAUCUCCAUAAUGCCAACUUUGCUGGUGCUAUUCCUCCCCAUCUUGGGAACCUCACAAAUCUAAGAGUUCUCUCAUUAUCUUAUAAUGGACUAAAUGAAACCAUUGGUGAGCUUCUUGAGAAGUUAGCAAGGGGUGCAGCUGGGAAGUCAUUACAGGUUUUGGGGUUGUCUGGGAAUGAACUAACUGGCAAACUCCCUGCAAAUAUGAGCACUAGAUUUGAAUCCUUGAGAGAAUUGCAUGCAAGGCAAAACCUGAUGAGUGGGUAUUUGCCACCUCUAUUGCCUUCAAGCCUUGAGCAAUUAGAUUUAGCCAUUAACAAUUUUGGUAGUGUGUUUCAAGACCACACCAAAGGUUUUGGAAAAGCAAGUAAUCUUGUGAAACUGGAUUUAUCCUUCAAUCUGAUCACAGGGCCAUUUCCAGAUUUAUCAGAUUUUGUGUCAUUGAGAGUGUUGAAUCUGAGUGGGAAUCUAAUACAAGGGGGGUUAUCAGAGACCAUAGGCAAGCUAUCAAUGCUUCAAGUGUUGAAUUUAGGGUCCAACUUUUUGGGAGGAGUUAUUAGUGAAGCCCACUUUAGGAACCUUACCAGCAUCCAAAAGAUGGAUUUAUCUCAAAACCCAGGAUUGUCAUUCAACUUCAGUGAUGAUUGGGUUCCUCCUUUUCAUAGCCUAAACUCUAUGGUGAUAGGAAAUUGUAAAGUUGGGCCUAAAUUCCCAAAUUGGCUGAGAAAUCUAAGUUGGUUUUCAGAGCUUGAUCUCUCCUCUGCUAAUAUUUCUGAUAGAAUACCCAAUUGGUUUUGGGACCUCAUCAUCUCCCCCAAACUUAGAUACUUGAAUUUAUCUCACAACAACAUUGAUGGCAAAUUGCCUGAUUUAUCCAACAAGCUUUCUCCUUUUUCACUCAUAGAUCUUAGCUACAACAAAUUUUGGGGUCCCAUAUCCACAUUUGUUGGAGAUUUUUUAAUACUUAAUCUCUCGAAUAAUAAGUUUGUUGGGUCAAUUUCUUUCUUGUGCUCAAUUAUUACUCAAAAUACUUUAUGUAUUGACCUUUCGUAUAAUCAUUUCUCUGGUAAGGUUCCUGAUUGUUGGAAUAGCAACAUUUCAAAUCUGGCCAUUAUUAAUUUGGCGAAUAAUGAUUUCUUUGGAGAAGUUCCGCUCUCUUUAGGCUCCCUGCCUCAGCUUCAAUCAUUGCAUUUGCGUAACAACUACUUCAAUGGGGGAUUGCCUUCCUCAUUUCAAAAUUGUACAUCCUUGAGAAUUAUGGAUCUCGGAGGAAAUAAGUUUAUCGGGACAAUCCCAUCAUGGAUAGGAAGCCAUCUAACUAGUUUGACCAUUAUUAGCCUACGCAAUAACAACUUUAAUGGAAGCAUGCCUAAAAAUUUGUGUCACCUUAGGAAGGUCCACCUCUUGGAUCUCUCUCAGAACAAGUUGACAGUGUUGUUAAUGGAAGCAUGCCUAAAAAUUUGUGUCACCUUAGGAAGGUCCACCUCUUGGAUCUCUCUCAGAACAAGUUGA